UGUUACAGACUGAAGAGCCGUCCGCGCUCCUCCUCCAAUGACAGAUCUUGCGGACCUCCAGUCUAAACCCACCCAAGAUGUACCUCCCAGUUAUCAGACGAUUGCCCCGUAUGCUCCGCCGGACAGUUACCCUCCAACUGCCCCCCCUGCAGACAGUGGGCAACUAAAAGGGGUCCCACCAGGCCUGGAAUACCUCACUCAGAUAAACUACCUGACAGUGAAGGAGAAAUUUAAGACCUCCCAGGGAUGGGGACGUUCCUUCGAGAUCCUCAACUCCAACGGGCAGCGAGUGUUUCAGGCCGACGAGAGCGUCCGCUGCUGCGGCCCCUUGUAUGAUGUGAAAAUCCUGGAUAAUGGUGGAAAUGGAGUGAUGGAUCUGACGGAGAACUGUGCCUGCGCCUGCACCAGAGAGAUGAAGGUCUGCGAUAUUUCGGGGGAGAUCUUGGCGUUUGUCACCCUGCACUGGAACAACAUGGUCACCCACCUAUCGGUGAAGAACUCCGCGCAGAACGUCGUCCUGAUGAUCAUCGGCCCCGGAUUCCGAACCAAUAUCUUUGGGAAUGUCAGCUUUGAGGUGAAGUCUCAUGACGAGCAGCACGUGGUGGGGAUGAUUAAGAAUGAGAAUGAGCAGUUUGUGGUCUCGUUUCCGUUAGACCUCGAGGUGACCAUAAAAGCGGCGCUGCUGGGAUCCUGCCUGUACCUGGACAGUCUAAUUUACAAGAAGAGAAGUCAACUGGAAAGAAGAGCAAGGCACGCCAGACACUGAUCAUCCCUAUGACAUCACUGGCAUCACAGCACAUGAUGUGCUGACAUCAUACUCAGCUUACGUUUAUAAAGAUCCAGCAUACCGUAUACUGUCUGUAAGCAGAGCUAGUACCUUAUAUACUGCAUCUAACCAACACUAUACACUCUAUACAUAUCACAUAUUACAUGCCCCCCAACUGUCCUG